AUGGCAGGCCCAGACAAAAGGCUGUGGGAGGAGGCAAUGCAAAAAGAGCUCGAGGGUUUAGAGGCUAUGGGCACAUGGGAAGUGAUGGAUCUCCCAGUCAGCAUGAAUACUGUCGACACCAAAUGGGUACUCAAAGUGAAAACGGAUGCAAACUUGGUGCCCACAAAGUUUAAAGCAAGACUCAUUGCAAGGGGAUUCACUCAGAGAAAAGGUGUUGACUAUACUGAAAUCUUUGCACCAGUGGCACCGAUUCAAUCAAUCAGAGGAGUGUUGGCUGUGGCGGCUGUGCAAGAUUGGGAGGUAGAUUCAAUCAAUGUCAAACAAGCAUACCUCAACUCAAUCUUACAGCACAACGUGUACCUGAAGCCACCAGUCAGAACAAAGAUGCCACUGGGAAAGGUUCUCAAGCUAAUAAAGGGAUUAUAUGGUUUAAAACAGUCAGGGUGA